AUGAGUCUAACAAGUCGAUUUCUAUAUCAAAGAAACAAAUAAUCAUUUCACUACUAAAAAUACUAAGAUAGAAAUCACUAUAAUGAUAAUACCAAUGAAUUUAGCAAAUUGUAUGUUAACAAAAUUGUCCAAAAAUUACCACCUAUCAAUGAAGAUAAAAGGCAUUAAUCACGUUCAUUUCGAUAUGACACUUAAAUUAAUUAACCCUCUAAUAUAAAUAUUCACGCUUUGGAGAGUAUCAAACCAAAAUAAAAGUUAAAACCUAAAAUUUCACAUCCCACAGAGCAAGAAUUGAGACUCUCGUUAUUAAUUAGAAAAGUAACAAAUUAAGAAAUAAAAGUCAUGGGAUAAAAAAACUAAUCACAAAGAUCAGGGCUAAUCAACGAAAAAUAGGAUAAACCAUUGACUUUAGAUAAUUUAUCAAAUCAAAUUUAUCAAAAAAAAUUGAGAAGCACAAAAAAAUAUUUUGAAGAUCCUCCAUAAAAAACAGAACCUACAGAACCAUUUAUUUGUGGCUGGUUGUAAUUAAAUAAUGAUGAAAGUUGA